AUUUACUAUUCACCUCAUUUGCUGUUAACUUCAUACCAAAUAAUUGUUCUCUCACCACGUGCGGUGUUUAUACAUUGAGAACUCGUGUCAUGAAAUAAGAAAUAUGGGGAAAUUCAGAUCAAAACUAAAAGGCAAAAGUAAGGGGAAACGAUGGCAGAAGGGCCAAUCCUCGAAUUCCAACCCAAAGAUCCAGAAGUACCGGGAUAUGGCAAAAUCCCGAUUCUUUCAAGAAAAUUUAGGUAGCACUGGGUUAACCCAGCAGGCAGUGCUUAAACAUGAUGCUAUGAUGACAUACAGCCAUGCAUCAAACAAAAAUAAGUCUGAGGCAGAAAAUGAGCUGUCGAUUGCUAAGGAGUUGGAGAAUAUGUCUAUGAAGAGCACUGAUGAUGUGUCAGAGAGUGAAUAUUCUGGAUCUAUGAGACCCAGCACUUAUAAAACAUUUCAGACAUUCGCUUCCGAUUGGAGUCAGUGCUCCAACCUUAGCUUUAGCAAGCUCUUGAAUAAGUUUGACUCAAACAAUGCACAUCAUAAGGAGAUGCUUGCUGUGUUGGCUGCAGUCACUGAAGUUAUAAAGGAACAGGGCGGCAAGGAAUCUACUACUGAGUACUUCAUAGCAUUGAUGGAAGCCCUGAAGGCCGCUGAAGUCGAAGACAAUCUAGUGGCAACACUAACACUUCUCUCCAUGGGUAUAAAGGCAGUACCGCAAGCAGUCUUAAGGAAACAGUUCUCUGACUCGGCAACAAUAUUUACUGAUAUUCUCAUCAAAAACGAACAGAGUGAGAAUGGGACACUGUUGAGGGGUGCCCUAGGGUGUCUAUCAGUGUUACUGAGAGCCCAGGAGUAUGCAUUAUGGGGUGAUUCAUCUACCAUGAGAGUUUUUGAAUCGGUCCUAGCCUUUACAUUACAUUCUAAGCCAAAGGUACGGAAAGCGGCUCAGCAUGCUGUCACAUCUGUGUUACGCGGAAGCUGUUUCAUGAUACCUUCUGAUGAUCAAAAGAAUAAAGUACCGAAAGUACACCCGGGUUCGAAUCGCGUGGCGGAGUACUGCUUGUCGCAGAUCAAGGCCGAGGCGUUGUUAGCGGGACACCGGACAGUGUUGCACACUCUCACCAUGCUCAGAGAUGUGUUGCCAGUCUUCAGCAAGGAUUUUAUUAAGUCAAUCUGCGAGGCCAUCCUCUCGCUAAUGACGCACAACAACGUGUACAUCAAGACGUGUUGCCUGCACACCCUCCACGCGCUGUUCUCCAACAACAAGGACAGCAGCAACAUGACGGCGUCGCUCGCUGUGCAGCUGACGCGCGCGCUGAUGGCGGCCAGACCCCCCGCUAACGAUACCGGACAGGUGUUGGCCUGGGCCGCCGUCUUGCAGCAGGCGUAUGCCUCGCUUGCUAACUUAGACUUAAACCUGUGCCUGCCCAAUCUGCCGGCGUUUGUCAACAUCUGUGUCAGUGAGCUGUGGCUAUCUGAUGUGGCUGACAUCAACUCUGCCUCUACCAAUGCACUGAAGGCCGUCCUGCUUGAUUGUGUGAAGCUGGCCAUAGAAUCGGAUGAGGUUUACCUGAAGCACAAGGUGCACAUCGAGGCGGUGUUCAAGAGCAUCGGAACCGGCCUCGACAACCCCUUCAACCAAGCCAUCAGACAUGUUAUACUCACCAUCGCUGUGUGUUUUGAGAUCGGAAACGAAAAAGUAGCAAACAUACUCGGUCCUCUCCUAAGAAAACUGAACGACCGCCGCGAAAGCCACAACUUUGACAACGACAAAGAAGUAGAAUACGCCACAGGCUGCGCUAUCAAGGCACUAGGACCAGAAUUCGUCCUCAGAAUCAUACCCUUAAGGGACGGAGGCGAAACAAUCAACUUGGAACGAAGCUGGCUACUCCCCGUCCUCAAAGACAAGAUCACACACUCAAACUUAAAAUACUUCGCAACAGAAAUAUUAGAAAUGGCAACAUUCUGCAGAAAAAAAUCUCGAGAACUCACGCAAACAAAGGAUGUUGCCCUAUCACACACUUAUGAACUACUCUGCAAUCAAUUCUGGGCUCUCCUACCUUCAUUUUGCAAUAAUCCGAAAGAUAUCAAAGACAAUUUCAAGUCUAUUGCUAGAGUGUUAGGUAGUGUUUUAAAAGAUAAUCCGGAGUUCAGAUUGUCUGUGAUGCAGGCUCUUAGGAAGUUAAUCAGCUGUUCGGCUGACAGUGAGGAUGAUAAGUUAGAAUUGGGAAGAUUCGCGAAGAACUAUUUGCCUAUAUUAUUGAAUAUUUAUAUGUCUCCGGUUAAAGGAAGUAGUGCUGAAGGACAAAGGCUAGCGGCUCUUGAAACUAUACAGGUAUACCUAACUAUAAGCGACCAAACGCUUAGAGAAGAGUUGUUCUCGAACGCUCUCCAACAGUUGGAAGGCUCGAAGGACAACCAUUUCCAAAGGGAAUCCAUCCUAAACGUGAUCAGAGCCCUAGUCCUAUACCAAAGCAGUGAAACAAUAGCAAAGUUAUUCGAAGAUUGGAUAUACCCGCUCAGCGAAACUGUCCUAGAAGACCCCAAGAAGAACAAAAGAGCUAAAAAGGAGAAUCAAGAAGAGAACGGAGAGAAAAAGAACGAAUUACGGUAUAAAGAGAAGGUCAAACUACUGGAAAUGGAACAUAAGAAGGCUUAUAGAAUAUUGGAGGAGAUUUUUAAGAGUGAGAAUGAAAGCUGUAAACAGUUUUUGAAAGAUAACUAUAAGAAGAUUAAGAAGUUGUUGAUGACGUCGUUGCAUAAGGCUGCGGAUAGCAGCAAGGCGGCUAGAUUACGAUGUAUAGAACACCUAAUAAACACGACGCCAUUCCUGAACGCUGAAAGCAAGCUACUGAAGAGUGCGAUUGCCGAAUCAGUGAUAUGUACAAAGGACAUCAACUCGAAGUGUCGGCAAUGCGCUUUCAACCUUAUUUCUAGUGUUGGUAACGUGUUGAAGGCGCAAGACGGAGGUAUGCAAGCCUUCGUAAACAUGCUGUCAUCAGGUCUAUCUGCCCCUCUCCCACGUAUUGUAGCGGCCACACUGCGGGCUAUAGCAUCAGCCCUAUUCAACUACUCCGAGGACAUGGGCUUGGAGACAGUGCAAGGCUUGCUAGAGACAGUCUCCGAACAGAUGACGAAUACCAAUAGAGAGAUUAUAGCGGCUUGUCUUAGCUUCUUGAAGGUAUACACAAAAGUUCUGCCAACAGAUGUCCUAGCGGGCAGUCUGCCUGUAAUCUUCAAAUCUCUAUCGGGUAUGGCUGAAGACUGCAAGAGGCAUUCUCGAAAGGAAAUAGGCUACUUCCUCACUCGCAUGAUAAGGAAAUUCGGUGCUGAUACUGUGGAGAAACUCAUACCGCCCGCUGAUGAGGUCAUGCUGCGAAGACUUAGGAAUAUCAGGAAGUUUGAGAACAGGAAGAAGAAACUGAAGGAGAAUAGAAGAGACCAAUCAGACAACGACUCAGACUCGGAUAUGCAAAUCAAAGGCACCUCAAAAACCUUGGAGGACAUCCUUAAAGACUCCGACUCGGAGAUGGAGUUUCUGGAUGAUGAUGAAGAGGAAAGGCCGAGGCAGAAGGUCAAGACCAAGACUGCCAAGAAGGCUAAGACUCAAGCCUGGAUUCAGGACGACCCUGAUAACAUUGUGGACUUGGCUGAUGUGUCGGCUAGCAGAAAGAUUACAGCUACGGACCCCUCCCGAAAACAGAAGGCAACAGAAAUCAAAGCGCAGAAGAAGAAGGAUGGCGGUUUCAAGACGGCGCCGGAUGGUCGGCUGAUCAUCACUGAUGAUGUAGACGGUGACGAUGAUGAUGAUGAGCCGAGACCCAGCGGAGACAUUGACACCGAUACUGAUGAUACCGACGCUGAAGAAGAAGAUACCAAACCCUCGAAGCUCCUGAAGCCGGGCGCCAAGCGUCGCUACGACGACAUCCUGAGUAUGAAGAGCGGGAAGUCGGGCCGCAGCAGAGCGUCCACCGUCACAGUGGGGUCCAAGUACAAGGCGGGCGGGAAGGGUAUACACAGGCCUCUCGGCUCAGCGGCCUCCGUCGCAUCAGGUGUCGGCUCUGAAUACAAGUCGAAGAAGGCUCGAGGUGACAUCAAGAAGCAAGGCAAACACGAUCCCUACGCAUAUCUACCGCUAUCUAGGAAGAAUUUAAAUAAGAGGAAAAAGGCAGUAACCUCGAAACAAUUCAAAGGCAUCGUCAAAUCGAAAACUAAAGGAGGCAGAAUUAAGAAGAAAUAAUAUCUAGCUUUAGUUCGAUAUUAAUAAAUUAGUUUUUAUAUAAUAAUUAAUCCUUCAGUUUGUUUGUCAAAGUGACGAAAUGUUUAUAAAUACAUAGUUAAAAUGGAAGAUUUCUUUACUUUGUUCGAAUACUUACUAUUUAAUCCAUGAUUAUACGCUUUUGAUUUAAACACGAUAUAUAUAGUCAUAGUCUCUUUUGGCGCCAAUCAGAAACCCUACCACCAAAACAAGCUUGACAGCGUCGGUGUAGCACACACAACUGCAACAAUACUACUUUGACGUGAAGAUAGGCCUCCAGGCCCUAGAUUUGUGAAGUUUGAAACUUAAAGUACAUUUUAAUAAAUCAAUAUAAAAUA